AUGGAGAUCCAUCAUGCCCACCUGGCUGUUGAAUACGAAGUCGAAAAUUUGGAUGAUUCCAGUGAGAUCGAAGACUCCGACGACCCCUGUGAUAUUGACGACCCCCAGACCAUUGGAGAUCCCGACGAAAUCGACCAAAUUGAGAUUGCGGCGCUACCCCAAACACAGCCAAAGUCGUUUACUGGUAUCGAGGAUCCAACCAUCACCGAGAAGCGACGCAGGGCCAAACGGCAGCAUGCUACAUACAUCAGAUGGAUAGAGAAAAUGACAAGGGAACAGAAGGAGGCUCUUCGCCAGUACAGGAGAGUGAACAACCGAGACUGGCGAGCCAGACAUGUCGAGCGUAUCAAGUCUGACGAAUACCGGGCCAAGAUGCGAGAGUAA